AUGAUGGGCCGUCCGAUUGAAGAGAUCGUCUACGAUCAGCUCUUCCCCCGCCCCAAGGUCUCGGACCCCCAAAACUUCCAGUCCUUCCUCCAGCGCUCCCUCAUCCCCGAGGUCCGCCAGGAGACUCACUCCUUCUACGGCCACAUCGACACGCAAGAGGCCAAGUACCCCGGACUCGACUACGCACAUCCCACACACCGCAUGCGUCUGAGCCGCUGGCCCUGGCACCGCCGCCUCUUCCGCGCCUUUGACGGCCUCGGCCUCACCCGCUUCGAGAUUGCCGGCCUGACCAAGUGGGAGGGCACCAAGUGGGCCAAGGAAAAGUACGAGAAGGAGCAGGGCAUCGCCAUCCGCGACACCACCGCCGACGGCUUCCCGACCUGGGAGGAGCCCGCCGACUGGGUCCGCCCGGCGGCCGUUCUCGAACCCAGCAGCCCGUCCCUCAGCUCCAGCCCCAUCAGCAGUGGCAUGUCCACACCGCCCUACGUGCCCGCCGACGAGGACGACGAGGACGACGAAGACGACGAGGAGAGCGAGGACGAGCUCGAGAGCGUCGGCGUCGAGCUCAAUGAGCGCCUCCGCUCGCAGGCCGCCCGCCGCGAGGCCGGUGACCGCUCCGCCGUCCUCGACGAGGCCUGGGAGGAGUGGCUCAAGACGGCCAUCGAGUCGGGCGAGCUUGCCGUUGUCACCGAGCAAAUGACCGAGUCGGCAGCCGCGCGCCGCAGCCGCCGCUCCGCCUCGCCCUCGUCCCUCCCCGCCGCCCUCAUCCCCCACGGCAUGCUCGACCUCGCCCGCGGCGGCCAGUGGUCCGACGUCCCCGAGUUCCUCCAGCCCAUGCUCCGCGAGGUCAUCCGCGGCGAGACCUCGACGCCCUCGUCGUCCCGCAACGACCCUGCCCGCCCUGAGCUUGGCGCUACGCCCCGUGCCCUCAGCCGCCAGCUCACCGCGGCCACGCCUCGCUCGGCCAUGGGCUGGAACUUUGGCGGCCAGGUCAAUGCUGCUGCUGCUCGCACGGCCAACCCCAGUGCUUAA